AUGGGAAAUGAACCCGAAAUAAAUUCUGAUGAUGAAUUACUGGGUUUAUUAGAUGCUUUUAGUGGCAAUUUCUCUAGUCAGUUCAACUUGGAUUCCGGUACUUUAUUGAAUGAAUAUACCAAAUAUGGAAUUUUCAAGGAUGAAAAGCCUUCUGAUUCACAAGGUGAAUUCAAUAAUUCUAGCCAAUAUUUGGAUUUUAUAUCCACGCUAAAGAACCUCUCUGAUGCCCACACAUCGCAUGAAUACAUUCGUUAUCUCUUCGUUAAGGACAAACCACAGACCUCAAACAAUAUUAAUUUCAGCAGAUCAGAGUUUUUUGAUGAUACCGUAAAGCACUAUGAAGUUUUAGUCCACAAAAAACCUUACAACAUGAUUGAUAAAUGUACUCUGCGCGAAAUUGAGGGAGUUCCUGGUGUUGCUGAUAUUGAUAAUUUGACGGUAAAGACGGUGAACUCAGUGAUAGUAAAUUCAGAUAUUCUCGAACAUAACGUUUAUAGCGAAGUCUUUCACGUAAAUUAUGGCUCUAACAACUAUGUGCAGUUGUCUGUAAUGCAUCAUUCUGUAAGAAAACUGAAAAUAAAUGAAGACAAUGAGGACCUUUUCCCCUCAACAUUUCUGGUUGAGAUAAAGUGCUUCGGAAAUCUAGAGCUUGAAUUCUACAAGAAUCGGAUAAACACAACCUCGAAAUUGCUGUAUAAAUUUGUAAAAUUUUAA